GCGAGCCCCUAGCUCAUUCGCUGUCUUUGCCAAGUUGGGUGACUUAUCUUUUACUGGCCGCCGCGUGAGAGAGCCGAAGCGACACAGCGAGUAGCGAUGGGUUCGCCUGCAGAUGAAGUAAACAUAACGGACGCCAUUAUGGAGGUCGACGGCUGCCUGUUCCCCGCAGACAUCAUCUCGCGAGAGGGGCUCGCCUACACCAAGAACUUCCCCGUGCGCGAGGACGACGUCUUUAACGUCACCUACCCGAAGUCUGGCACCACGUGGAUGCAGGAGAUCCUGAGUCUCAUCAUGAACGACGUUGACAUCUCAAAAGUGGAGUCGGUGCCAAACUGGAAUCGCGCGCCGUGGCUCGAGCUGGCCACGGCUCCCGGCUACCUGGACGGGCGCGAGUCCCCUCGCCUGGCCACCACUCACGUGUACGCCACCUUCGCGCCCACCCAGAUUAUGCAGGGCAAGGGCAAGGUCGUCUAUGUGUACCGCAACCCCAAGGACACGCUCAUAUCGUUCUACCACUUUCACAACAUGGCGAAAUUCCUAUCCACGCCGGAGUCGUUCGAGAGCUUCGUGUCGGACUUCAUGAACGAAAAACUUUCCUUUGGGUCCUGGUUCGAGCACAUCAAGACCUGGAUGGACGUGAGAGAUAAAGCCAACAUAAUAUUCAUCGCCUAUGAAGAUUUGCGCAAAGACCUGGCCGGCUCGGUGACUCGCAUCGCCACCUUCCUCGGCAAGAAGCUGGACGCCGAAAAGCUGAAGGCCUUGGUGGACCACUGCAGCUUCUCCAGCAUGAAGAACAACAACAUGGUCAACUACAGCGAGGUACCAAGGACCUAUUUUGAUAGAGGGCAAAAGUUCAUGCGCAAGGGGACCGUGGGCGACUGGAAGACGAUGUUCACGGUGGCGAUGAACGAGGAGUUCGACGCUUUCGUCCGCGAGAAGAUGAAGGGAUACGAACUCGACGACGGAUGGACCAGCGACACAAAGUGACUGUCGCGACACAAAGUGGCACCGGCACAUGGCAGAACAGCAACUAGGAUACGGCACGUGCGAUAGCCUGAUUUUGUUGAGAGAGAGAGAAAAGCACACAAUCCUGCCUAAUGCUGCAUAGAGAGUUUUAACGUUUAAUGUCACCUGAUUAUGAGAGUAACUAUGCAAUGUGUUGACUCAUUAUACACCUUCGGUUUCCAUAGCAUUUCAUAUAUUAUUGGUGGGAGUUACCAUCACUCGAGCACAUAAGCAGGAAACCACGCCACAGGUAUUGAAUGGCAAUGUAUAUUUCACUGUGUUCUGAAUGCUUGUACAGCUCUUUGUUUCAAAGAAAAAAUAAAGCAAUGCCGCAGGAGCUGCUUCCAAA